AUGGCGCGACUAGGCCGUUGUCGCCGUUCCAAAUAUAUCGACGUAAUUACGUCGCCAGCUUUGGGCCAGACCGGCCUCCUUACCAAGUAUAAUGAAGGGGUUUAUAGUCGCACGUCGCAGCCUACGGCAGUGAAUAACAUUGUUCAAGAAAUUCCUGCUGUAGGCUCUGGGCAGUGGAGAGUAUCCCCGCCAGUAUACGUGGACUGGCAGGGAUAUAGGUGUCAAUAUCGUGAUGGCCGAGUCCAUCACAAUCAUAAAUAG